AGAGGGCGCUGUAAAUUGCUCGGCCACGUAAGUCAGGGUCGUAUUUUUCUUGACUUUAUUGCUUUAAUUACGUUUUUUUACGCUCCCUUUUAAUAUGUGAAAACAGUGCAAUAGUGUAAAAGUGUGUAUACAGUUUUCUGUCUCAAAAUUCCGUUCCGAUCGCGAUUGAGGAACGAUGUCCAAUUUACCACCAAACCCGUAUAGCAACUUGCCCGGGGCUCCACCGACGAACGCCAACAUGGGGCCGCAGCCACAGCUGUUCAAUCAGAACCCGCCUCUCAGCCAGCUGCCUCCCGGCUAUAGACAAAAACAGGACACAAACUCAAACACUCCGCAACACCUGCCGUCGUCGAUGCCCCAGAAUAACUUCGCCCGACAAGCUCCAAAUGUGAAUCAUUUAAACCAAAGUGGAAGCAAUUCACCUGCAUUCAACAACUCUGGAGUGAUGCCACCAGUGCAAACUAGUUUAGGCUCAUCUCCAGUAAGACCACCAUUAAAACCUGUGACUCCAACUGGAUACCAGAAUUCUCAGCAGGUUCCUCUCUCGUCGGCCAGCCCACAAACAGUGUCUAAUGCAAAUCCUUCUCCUAAUCCAUAUCCUCCUAACAUUCCACCUCAACAGCGACAGAUAAAUGACAAUGCACCCCCACUGAUUGCCUCUAGUCAGUUCCAACCUGUCACGAAUGGCCCGGGAUCACAGCCGCCAAGUCAGUACCCAGUGUUUUCAAGUGCACCACAAUCAGUGUUACCGCCUAAUGUUAACAGUGCAUAUAGACCUACACUUGGACCACAAAUCCCGAAAGGAACAGGCUCUCCACUACCACCCGUACCUCAAGGACCAACCAGUCAAGCUAAUAUACCAUUUUCUGGGCCACCUCAACCAGGGCAAAUGAGACGCAGUCCAUUAAUAUCUAGUCCCCCAGUGAGUGGUCCACCCACAAGUGCUCCAAUCACAAAUGCACCUACAGCAGCACCAACAAAUCUGCCUUUAGGAGUGAAUGGUCCAUCAGGCCAACCAGGGAGACAACCACAAGGUCCAACAUCUGCACCUAAUGUGGGGCCACCAAUGGCUCGUCCACCAAGUGGACCACCUACUGGUGGGUCAGUUCAUCCACCUGUAAGUGGAUCCCUCGGACCAGGCUUGCCACCAAACCAGAUGUUCCCAGGUCCCAAUUUAAAUGGACCUUCAGGAUCAACACAACCUGCAAGACCACCUGGCUCUUUCCCUCCAGGUUCAUUCCCAGCUCCUAAUCAACUACCGAUACAAGGUCCUCCUUCUGGACCCCAAGGUUUACCACCUACCAGUCUCCAAAGUCUACCACCAACAAGUCUACAUCAACAGCCUGGUUUGCCUAAAAUGCCACCUGGACCACAAGGGCCUUUAAAUAUGCAGCCUGGACCAACAAAUAUGGCUCCUGGUCCUUACAACAUGCAACCUGGACCCCCUAACAUGCCUCCAGGACCUCCAAACAUGCAAUCUGGUCCUUUGGGGCCUCCAAAUGUUCAACCUGGGCUACAUAACAUGCCUCCGGGACCAAACAUGCAACCAAGACCUGUUAUGCCUCCUGGGCCAGUCAUGCAAUCAGGACCAAACAUGCCACCCGGAAUGCCGCCAAUGCCUGGCCCUCAAAGUACAUCCGGAGUGCCACCAGGACCACCAAAGAGCAACAUGCAGAACAGAUAUCCACAAAUGCCUCAGAGCAACCUUAACAAUCAGCCGAUGAUGCCUCCGCAGCCUAAUAUGGCUCAACCUACCAUGAACAGACAAUAUGCUCAGCCACAAUACAACGCCCAGCAGUACAAUACCCAGGGUAUAACACAACAAAUGGGCCAACUGAGUGUUACAAAACAAGGCUUCGACCAGCUCUGGGGUCACCAGAUGAUAGAUUUACUGCAGUGUACAAAUAUCUUGCCGGAGUAUGCGGAGGAACCACCAGAGAUACGGCUGGGUCACCAAUUUGCGGAGUCUUCAAACUGCAGUCCAGAAAUCUUCCGGUGUACGAUCAACCGUAUACCCGAGACGAACAGCCUGCUGCAGAAGUCGCGGUUGCCCCUAGGAAUACUAAUCCAUCCAUUUAAGGAUCUCAAUCAUCUUCCGGUGAUACAAUGCUCGACGAUAGUUCGAUGCCGAGCGUGUCGGACCUACAUCAACCCGUUCGUUUACUUCGUCGACGCCAAGCGAUGGAAGUGCAACCUGUGUUACCGGGUGAACGAUUUACCCGAAGAAUUCCAAUACGACCCCGUGAGCAAAUCGUACGGCGACCCGACUCGACGACCCGAGAUCAAGUCGGCCACCAUCGAGUUCAUCGCCCCCGGCGAGUACAUGCUGCGGCCGCCGCAGCCCGCCGUCUACCUCUUCCUCUUCGAUGUCUCUCAGAUAGCUAUGGACUCCGGGUACUUGCAUGUAGUAUGCGAGACCCUAAAGAACAACCUGGAUCAGUUACCCGGCGACGCUCGCACGCAAGUCGGCUUCGUCUGCUACGACUCGCACGUGCACUACUACCUCAUGGGCGAGGGGCUCACGAGGCCCAAGGAGAUGACCGUGCUGGAUAUAGACGACAUAUUCCUGCCAUCACCAGAGUCAUUACUAGUGAACCUGGGCGAACGAAAGGAACUAGUGAAGGAGUUGCUGAGCGUGCUCGGCGCGCGGCGCAGCGCCGGCGCCGCGGGCCCGUCCGCGCUGGGCGCCGCGCUGCAGGCCGGGUACAAGCUCAUGGCACCAACGGGAGGUCGCAUCACAGUAUUCCAGACAUGCUUACCGACGAUCGGGCCCGGACGGUUAGAAUCAAGGGAAGACCCCAACGCGCGAUCAUCGAAAGACGUGGCGCAUUUAAAACCAGCUACAGACUUCUACAAGCGAAUCGCGCUAGACUGCAGCGGGGCGCAAGUAGCCGUAGACCUGUUCUUACUCAGUUCACAAUACAGCGACUUGGCGACCUUAAGCGGCAUGAGCAAAUUCAGCGGCGGCACAGUUUACCACAUCCCGCUCUUCAAGGCGAGUCGGUCGUGGCAGGCCGCCACGCUAGAGCGCAUGCUGACCAGGUACCUCACGAGGAAGAUCGGCUUCGAGGCCGUCAUGCGGGUCCGGUGUACCAGGGGUAUCUCCAUCCACACGUUCCAUGGCAACUUCUUCGUUCGCUCCACGGACCUUCUAUCCCUACCCAACGUGUCACCGGACGCAGGGUUCGGCAUGCAGCUCGCCAUCGAAGAAUCAUUGUCCGAUCUACAGCAAGUCUGCUUCCAGGCAGCGCUGCUGUAUACUAGUAGUAAAGGUGAAAGAAGGAUACGAGUACACACGCUGGCGCUGCCGAUAGCGAACACGCUAACGGACGUGCUGCACUCCGCGGAUCAGAUGUGCAUCAUAGGAUUACUAAGUAAAAUGGCCGUCGACCGGUGCGUCGACGCGUCUAUGUCAGAAGCGCGAGAAGCGUUAAUAAACGUCGCUAUCGACGCUCUGUCAGCACACCGGCUGUCGCAGAACCUGCCCGCGGGCAGCGUCAGCUCCGCGCUGCACGCGCCCGCCUCGCUGCGCCUGCUGCCGCUGCUGCUGCUCGCCUUGCUGAAGAGGAAAGCGUUCCGAACGGGCACAUCGACGCGGUUAGACGACCGCGUGGCGGACAUGUGCGACAUCAAGUCCUUACCUCUGCCACAACUGAUACGAGCAGCGUACCCCCCUCUCUACCCCCUACACGAGCUGUCCAAUAUGAGAGAAGAGGACCCGAUGUUGCCGCAGCUCAUGCUCAGUGCGCAGAGGAUAAACUCAUCCGGCUGCUACCUGCUCGACGAUCUAGACACGAUGAUAAUCUACGUCUGCCACAACGUCUCCCCCGCUUACCUGUCCGAGACCUUCGGCGUGGCCGCCUUCAGUCAGUUACCUGACGAAGCUAGGAGUUUGCCUGCUAUAGAGACUGACGCGAAUGAAGCGCUACACGCGUUUAUUGAGAAGCUAAAUGAAGAUAGACCGUAUGAGUCAGGAAUACUUGUUUUAAGGGACAACUCACCAUCCCGGCACUUAUUCAUCGAGAGGCUCGUCGACGACCGCAUGGAGUCAUCCUUCUCCUACUACGAGUUUCUGCAGCACGUCAAACAGCAGGUCAAAUGAUAACGUUAAAACUAAUGAGAAUUACUCUUAUUUCAACGAGUUAUGGUGUACCAAUCAUCAGUAUAGUACAUCACACAUCGACACAUAGUGUUGAGGUAACAUUGUGAAUUAUAUAGCAAAGUUUAACACAUUCACUACCAGACAAAAAUUAUGGCGGCUACCCGCCCAGCGGGUUGUCCGGCGGUCUGAGCAAAGUUCACGAGUGCCUACCGGGCGGGUUCUUGCUUGCUAAAGUGUUGGCGGUUAAUAGCUAGUACGGAGUACGUGCAUUUCGGGGUGAGUUAGCAGGUUAGCGAGACAUUGUAUGAGCGCAGUUAACUGACUUGAUGGUGUCUGCACGCUCUGUGCAUCCGGGCCACUGGACGCCCUUAGACACUGAUCUUACCAAAAGCGAGUCUAUGGGCUAUCGGCUAUAAAAACGAACAAUAUAUAGUCGCGGCUGUGUAAAUAAAAUAUAGAGAAAGCGAUUUGUAGCUCUUAGCUCGGCUACGAACUAUAACUCGCCCGCGCUAUCAUCGCGUCUAUUUUAUUUACACGGGAGCCAUCUUUUUCUCCUUUUUAUAGCCGAUAGCUCAUAGCUUACUUGCUCUUGGUGGGACCAGUGCCUUAGUUAACUACUUUUACGAAACACAAGAGCCUAACCAAGACGACGAUUGAACAUUGGCAAAAUACAAAUACUAAACGGAAACAGUACGAGAUGAUAUUUGCUAAAAUCACGCGAUUAUUUUGCACACGCUCUAAGGUUGGUGGUUUCAAGUAACGGUUGUGACAUCGGUUAGGCCCCCGUGUUUUUUGUGGAAUUAUCAAUUCAUAUAAUAGAAUAUUGAAAGCGGUUAUCUGUUAUUUUAAGAAAUCUUAUCUAUUCUUCGUAUUUAUAUUUUCUGUUUUAUUUACUAUUAAGACUCUCAGAAAUCAUUUAAAAUAAUGUUACUUAGAGCGAAGUGUUUUCAAUGAUAAAUGCCUAUUUGCCUAUAAAAUUUAAUAAGCGUUGAAUAUUACAUAUGUUUAAAAGCAUUGUAUUUAGCACAUUCGCUACCUGAACAAAAAAUGGCGCACUAUGUCAGAAACCGGUUAUAAUUUGUAACCCCCCGCUUGUAUGACAAGAACCCGCCCAGCGGGGUCUCCGGCAUCUGAGCAAAGUUCACGAGUGCCCACCAGGCGGGUUCUUGGUGUCGAACGUGUUAAUAGACAUGAAAACGUACCUCAAUGCUAUGUUAUCGACGUGUAGACAUCACAAUAGCUGAAUAACAGCUAUCGGCCUUGACUUUGUUGAAUAUUGUUGAACUGUGUAAACGUGACACCUUCACUGUAACAUUAACUAAGUUAUAUGAAUUAUAUUAUGGUUUACAAGCUUGAGAGUUGUUACUUUUCGUUUCUGAAUAAACGUAAACAAGCCCCUUA